UACUUGACAUUGCUAUUGAGUUAGAGGUGAAAAGAUGGUGAAGACACCAAGUUUUGACAAAAAUGGAUUGAAGAAAGGUGCAUGGAGUGAAGAUGAAGACAACAAGCUGAGAGGCUAUAUCCAAAGAUACGGCCACUGGAACUGGCGUUUACUUCCUAAGUUUGCUGGCUUGUCUAGAAGUGGAAAGAGUUGCAGGCUGCGAUGGGUAAAUUAUCUUCGGCCGGACAUAAAACAUGGGAAUUUUACCAAAGAAGAAGACGAUCUCAUUAUUGAGAUACAUAAGAAGAUUGGUAACAAAUGGUCAGAAAUGGCUGCAUAUUUGCCAGGGAGAAGUGACAAUGAAAUAAAAAAUCGUUGGCACACGCAUUUGAAAAAACGAGAAAACAAUGAUCUAAAUGUGUUAGAAAAUGAGCAUGUUCAAACGGUCGAACCUGAUCAAGCUAACACCGAAGAAAACCUAGUCCAAGACUUGGAUUUCGAAUUUCAACAAGACGUUGAAGCUUUAUUAGCCGAAUCGCCAUUGUCUUCUUCAAGCACCAACUUUACACCAUAUAAUUGGUUCAGUGACUUUGAUUCAGUAGGUUCAAGUUAUGAUAUGCCACAACUGCCUGAACUGUUCAUGAACACAUUAUUUCCUUAACUAACGAACAUGCAAAAGGCCUUGUUCGUGUUUAUUCGGUUCGUUUACAGCCCUAGAUCUAAUGGGCGGUUUUUUGGUGUUUUAGAAGAAUAAAUGUCUUGUUUGAUGUGGUGGCUGAAUAGGUAUGUUUUUUUUUUUGUGUUUUGGGGUUUCUUAUUGUGGAUGGUCUAGGUGUUCUUAAACGGUCAUUUGAAAAUGGUAUGGGAUUAGAUUGUCAAUGA